UACCUGGUGUUUCCCCUUCAAUAAAUCUCCUCUUCUUGCACCACCUUUGGGAAUUUUACUUCUAAAUUUCUUUCUUAAUUUCUUUAAGGGAAAACAACCUCCUCCUCCUCCUCCUCCUCAUCAUCAUCAUCAUCAUCAUCUACUACUACUCUACUCACCAUUGUCACCCCACUAGUCUCGUACCACUGCUACCGACAUUCUUUUCCAGCCUUUUGUCAUUGUCCCUGAAGGUUGGUUCCUCGCUGGAGAUUGUUGAUAUCAGAGUUCUCAAGGGACGAGUGGAAUUCCUCUCGAGAUCCAUCCACCUUUGGAAGCUAUCACUGUCGUUGCUGGUGUUUGUUUGUUAUUGAUUGUUUCUAUCCAUUUAUCUAUCCAUUGCUAUUUCUACCCCUCUGCUACGACUGGCGACAUCCCACGCUGCUCUCCCUGGUUGCCUUUAGAUUCAACACUCGAGUAGGUUUCCUACUAUUCCCCUACCGUCUAGUGUCUACCGGUUGUGAAGGCGGUGGAAAGAGAGAGAGGAGAGAAGGAGGAGAAGGACGGAAAAGGAAAGGAGGAAGGGGGAGAGGAGAGAGAGGUAUUGGAGCUCGAAAAGCAGUAUUUUCUCGCGGGUAUCGGUACAGUGGUCUGACACGGCCAGCAAGCUGUCUUUACCAACCAACCCCGUUUCGGUUCAAACAGCUCAAAAUCCUCGGUAGUUCUCAACAGAUAGGAAAUUUCCAGAAAUAUUUCGGAACACCCAUCACCGCCUAAUUUACCCCCAGUAAACAUCCCCUCGGGAUACUUUACCCAAUCCGCUGGAGCUACUUUCCAUAAUAAUCUUCCUUGACGUCGUCACGGCAGUCUGACAACCCUCCUCCUCCUCCCCGCUACCCACACGUCGACAACUGUAGCCUUAUUCUCACAGGUAGCGACAACUUCCGGCGGUCAGGUAUCCGAAUUGACAGUUCAAAAAGUGCUCCGAGUCCUCUUUGAGGGCCUGAACCUACGCCAAUAUUUUCGUGAGGGAGUAAGAAAAUACUUCAUCUCAAAAAAAAAAAAAGACGAGAUAAAUUUCUUUCAAAAAAAAAAAAUAAUAUCAAAAAUGAGUGCUGCAACUGCAGCCCAGCAACAGUCCUCCUCAUUGAAUACGCCGGGAUUCUUCGCAUCGGCAUUCAUGGAGAUGAACAUAUUCGAGCAAUGCUUUAGCGCAGCUGCCCCGUCUGAUCCAAAGAACAACGCAUCUUCUUCGGGUUCUAUAAAUACUGUGUCCUCCUCUCCUCAAACGGCUGCUUCCACGCAAACCGCCCCCUCCUCCUCCAGAGGCUUAAAUCCUAUCACGCAAGCAUCUGCAUCUCACGUCCCUCCCCCAUCACCAAAAUCAGCCACCAUGGACGGCUAUAAUCCCAGUGACUUUCCUCUCCCAACCAUUUUUAGUGGGGUAGAGGCUACCGGACCCUCUCAUGAUGAUAUAGAACGAAGGUACGGGCAAAAUCGAUGGCCCGUACAUCUGGACACCACUGCUGUUCCGCCCAGUGCAAUACAGCCACACCUCUCGCCUCCUUACUCCCCCCGAUCCCCGACUGACAGGUUCAUGCCUCCAGUGGAAAUGGACGACACCAUGUCACCGCUGCACAACAUGCUGGUAAACUAUCCGACAGAGACUCGAUCUGCACACGGGCAGAUCACACCCCCAGAAGACCCACCACCGUUAACACAAAGACAGCAAGGCGGGAGAAUGUUCGACGACAACGACGACAACGACUGCUUCAACGACGAGUACGCGAUCAUCGCUGACACAAACCAUUCCUCCUCCUCCGGGAACCAGGAAUUAGCAGAAGCAGGCGGCAACACCAGCAGCUGUGGGAGCGCAGGAGCAGCAGGCCGGUCUAGAACCCGCACGAACAAUCGCGGCAGCACAAACCGGAGAUCUAGGAGAACCGGUGUAGAAGAUGACUCCGCGAAAGAAGCCAAGCGCCAGAAAUUCCUUGAGCGGAACCGAAUAGCAGCGAGCAAAUGCCGGCGCAAGAAGAAGCAAUGGACGCAAAACCUCGAGGACACGGCCCGGGAGGUGCAGGCGACAUCGAAGCACCUGAACGGGGUAGUCGCGGCGCUGCGGGACCAGCUGCUGCACUUGAAGGGGGAGCUACUGAAACAUAAUGGCUGCUCAUGCGAGCGCAUCAAGCAGUACCUCAUGAAUGAAGCCACUAGAGUCGUGGAGGGAUCUUCCGCUUCCGCCAGCGCUGGAAACGCGGCCGCCGCGGCAAACUCGAGCUCCAGCAACAACGCCUUCCACCAGGCCUCUCGACAGCGGCAAAUGAGCCAAGGAUCCGAUCUGGGCUUCUCCGCACAAUUCGAUGAGUUGUCCGAUACCAGCAGCGCUAGGUUCGCAAUGGAUUCACGAUCACCGGAAGAUACAGGCGUUGGCAUGCCAAUGUGACGAUAAAUCAAUGAUCGAUUUUGGAGGUUUUUCUUUUCUUUUUUUCCGAUGAUGAUUUACCUGUUUUAUCCCACCCCCCCCACCCCUGGCUACGUAUCAUUGCACUACUGUAUUGGGCGUUACUUGGUGUUUUCCCAUACUCUAAUUACUUACUUGUACUUUUUCUCUCAACAUAACAUUGCCUUUCUUUAUCCUUAUUUUCUUAGUCUUUCCUCCGAUGGCACACACCCCCUCCCUCAUCAUACAUAUUUCUCCCUUGCACAAAUCUCAGCGGGGACGGGGGUUCGGAGGGGGCGAUUCGUUACAAAAAGGGAUUUUUUCUCCCCC